UGUACAUUAUCUAGGUUCCAGGAGCACGCUGCAACAAAUGGUGAAAUAUGACAAACACUAACAGAUCGUGCAAUUAUUAGUGCGCCAGGAGUGCCAAUUGUGUAAACAACAACCGUGAUCACGUGUAUUGUCGAAUAAUCAUUAUCCAAGUCGCAACGAAAAAUAAAACAAACCGAUUAUUGAUGAGUAAUUAUCCCCGUAGGCGAAAGAAGCUGCUCGACGGUGUCGACGCAGUAGUGGUGCAAGCGCGCGAGUGAAUACUAAUAUGGUGACGACAAUCAAGAUCACCGGCGACGGAGUGUUUAUCCAGUCCAAUUCGUAUCUGGCAAACGGCGGGGGCGGCGGCAUCGGUGCACAUCUCCACAGCCGCCAACAGUCAGCGUCGUCCGAACCGGGUGGCAAUUCGUCCGGUAGCAAUAGUAGUUCGCUAUCCCGUGGUGGGGAAUUCGGUGGACCGGGCAGUGAUCACGGCAGCUCCUCGAGCGGUGCCCACGAGGAUCAUCAAAUGAGUCGAUCGUUUACAAAUAUUGUUAAAGACCGGGUGGAUCGAGACAGAAAUAACAACAAUAGUUUGGAUCCAAGAGUUGGUUUCAGUGAUAGUAAUAACAAUUUUCCGAAAAUUUCAAGAAGACGGUAUCAAUCGGAAGAAGUGCUCCCUCGGUUGCAAAAGUUCAGUGGAAGUUCGGAUGGGUCGGAUACAGUGGACGCUGCCGGUUCCACAUAUUAUAACAGUAGUGCCGAAUCGGAUGAUCAAUUCACGAUAUCUUUUCUGAACACUCGCGGGCAUAACGGUAAAAGUUUACUAAACCAAAAGUUCAUAGUCUACAACAGCAAGAAACCAAGACAGUCCAGUAUCCUAACGCAAAACGGUUACCAUCACCCGGGCCAGUAUCGGCAGUACCUGAAUGGACGUCUCAAGCCGGCCUAUUCAACGUCGGUUCUAAUCCCUUCGUUGAUAGCUGCCAGUAUCGCCGAGAGUAGUCCGGAUCGUCCGUCCACCGGGACGCCACCUCCAAGACUUACGGUCGCUAAGUCUACUUCGUACCUACAGCGGACGAUAUCGCCGGCUCCGUCCCCGUCGCUGUCCUCGCUGUCACCUUCUAGUGGAUUUGCGUCGACUUCACCGACGCCGCCUUCGUCGGGAUCGCUGCCCACGGCAGCAGCAGCAUCACCGCCAUCAGUCACCGACUUGUCAUCGGAUGUCGAUGUGAGGACAGAGUCGCGAAUCGAUCGCAGAGGCAUCGGAAGCCCGCACCAAAUAGAGCAGCAGGGUUCCUAUCAGCAUCACCUUUAUCAGAACACACUAUCGCGUCGGAACUCCACCGGAAGUAGUGUGCUGAACAGCGGAAUGAACAGCCAUACGGCGGCCAUCAAUCUGCAGUCGUCCGGUCAAACAGCAGUCGUUGGUCAUCAUCGAGGUUUCUCGUCAACCGUCGUAGCCGCAGCCAAUUCGGCCGCCUCGGGCGAUUGUCCAUGGUUCAUGCCGCAUCAGAUGCCACCGACAGCACCGGCGCGGCAGCACAAAAGACCGGCGCCACAACCGGGGGUUGGUGUCCCCGGUGGUGGCGGCGGUGGCAUGGGACACGUGGGAAUGCAACCACCACAGUUCAUUAAUCCACCGCCGGCACCGCAGCAACAGAACCAACAACAACAACAACAACACUCGCCCCAGCAACAUCAACACGUGGCACCACCGCAAUUACCUCCUCACAGUGUUACUAGUAAUCAAAAUCUAAAUUCCAUCCUUCUGCCGCCGGCUCAGCAACAGCAGCAACAUCACCAACAACCCCCACCAACAAUGCACUCCGGAGGAAUGAUUCCUCCUGUGCAUCACAUACCAAAAUCCCCCAACCAGCACAACAUGCUAGGGCCCUCGGGUCUCCAGCAAGCGGCGCAACAUCACCAGCCAACGGCACAACACGGUGCCCUGGGUAGCCAUCAAUCGAAUCUCAUGUCCACUUCUAUGAACAGUGCCCAGCUACAGAAUCACAUCCUUACCGGCCAGCAGCAGCAGUCUGCGUCUACAGUUCAAGGAGCGGCGGCGGUAGUUAUUCCACCGCAUCCCGCUCAGCAGCAGCAGCAACCACAGGUGCCACCGGCACCACACGGGAUGUCCAACUCGAUGCAUAGCCAAAUUGGUUUGCCCCCGCCACCGUCGGCGGCGGCAGGUGGGACGGCAUUCGACAGCAAUGGAGUGAGUUGGGUUGGGCCCGGUGGCGUGGCUACGGCGUCCCUUUCGCCCACAGCGGCGGCGGCCGCUCAAAGGAGGGCGGAAGUCAAUGCCAAGCUGAAUGCGAUGCCAUGGUUCCACGGACGGAUAAAGCGCGAGGAGGCGGAAAAUCUGCUGAAACCCCGCGAGGACGGAUUGUUCCUGGUGCGCGAGUCAACCAACUUCCCGGGCGAUUACACGCUGUGCGUUUGCUUCAACGAGAAGGUCGAACACUACCGGAUUAAAUACGCCGAGAAUAAGCUAACGAUCGACGACGACGAAUACUUUGACAAUCUCGGCCAACUGGUGGAGCACUACACACUGGACUCGGACGGACUGUGCACGAAACUGAUGAAAGCCUUACCUAAGGAGGAGUUUUGCGUCAAGGACUUCCAGGACAAUGGCUGGGAGAUCAAAAUGGAAGACUUACAGUUGAAAGAGAACAUCGGCAAGGGCGAGUUUGGCGAUGUUAUGCUCGGCAUUCUGAAGGGUGAGAAAGUGGCCGUAAAAGUGUUGAAGGACGCCGGUAGGGCGUCCAAUAAGUUCCUUGCCGAGGCGGGUGUUAUGACAACCCUCGAACAUGAAAAUCUCGUCAAAUUCAUCGGAUUAGUGUUUCACGAUAAGUACAUAUACCUGGUGACAGAAUACAUGAGUAAAGGUUCCCUAGUGGAUUAUCUUCGAUCGCGAGGCAGACAGCACAUCACUCGACGAGAUCAAAUCAAUUUCGCUUUUGACACCUGUGCCGGAAUGGAGUAUCUCGAGAUGAAGAAAGUCAUCCAUCGAGAUUUGGCAGCCCGGAAUGUACUUAUUUCGGAAGAGUGCGUCGCAAAGGUAUCCGACUUUGGAUUGGCACGGGACGAACGGUACACGGCUGACAUCAGCAAGCUGCCUAUCAAGUGGACGGCUCCGGAGGCGCUCAAAGAGGGAAAAUUCUCCAACAAAACCGACAUGUGGAGUUUUGGAAUUCUUCUGUGGGAAAUCUACUCAUUCGGUCGAGUACCCUAUCCCAGAAUCCCUCUCGCGGAUGUGGUUAAGCACGUUGGCAGCGGCUACAAGAUGGAAGCCCCCGAAGGCUGCCCGCCGGAAAUUUACGAAAUGAUGCGCCAGGCGUGGGAUCUAGUCCCGGAGAAGCGACCCACCUUUGCCGAGUUGAAACGGCGGCUGGCCAUCUGCAAGCGAGAAACGGCCAAUAACUACGUGACGUAGAAAGGUAAUAUUGUCCCAGUUAGGUUUACACCGAGCUACUGCAGCAUGGCUGCAGAAGUGCUGUUGUAGACGCCACUUAUGUUUAAAACGAGUCUGAGCGAGUGCUUCUUCAGCCGUUUUCCCCAUCCAAAACCACGCUGCGCAAGUAGUAAGUACUAUUAUAUUAUGAUAGUGGAUGACACAGGAAGAACAUAGAUGCCAUUUAAGUAGGGAAUACUAUUUCUGGUAGCCUCUAAAGAUACCUAAAAUGACUGUAGCGGAAUGUAUUGGGGAACCUGUUGAUUGAGGCAAAGGUUCGAGAGAAUUGUACAGAAUAAGUGUUUCUUGUUUUCGUUAAGAUGGUCUUUCGUUCACGCUGGCUAGUUGCGCGUGUUUUAUGUAAGGCCGGCAUUUCUUUUUUAUCCUUUGGAGGAUCAUACUUCCGUUCCCUAAUCAUAUGCUAGGAAGCAAAAGUAACCGUAACACAAUGUAUAUAAUCAGCAGGAAGAGUCGUCUAAUCUGUUAAUAGACAUGUUCAGAAAAGUGAAAAGAUUUGGUGAUUAAGAAUUAACUUAUUAGCCCCGGUCGGAAUGAAAAGUUUUCUAAUAGUGGCAUAUAAAUAGUUUGCGUUUCCUGAAAAGUAUGGAUGAACGAUUUCUUUGUUUGUUUGUGAUAAGUUAUGAUUAAGCAAGGACAGGAUAGUAACAAACAGUCAGUUAGUUCCACAUAUCAUCAGUUUAUUUUGAAUGAAAUCUAGUAUUGGUUUUAAACAUAA